AUGGGUAAUCGAAGUUCAAAAAAGAGAAACCAGGAAAAAUAUCAAUAUGCAUAUGGCGUACAAAAUCAGCAUUCUUUUCAACGUCGACCAUACCAAAAUCAACAACAGCAGCAACAACACCAACAUCAACAAGUGACGAAUAAUGGUGGCGGUUUUAUUGAUCCACUAGCAUCAAUACAUUUUAACCCUCAUAUCUCACACUCACAAUCGACACACAUCAAUAAGAAUAAUAACACUAGCAAUCACAGCAAAUCUAGCAAAACGAAACAAAUUUACAUUGCAAAUUAUGAUUUCAAUGGUACAGUACCAAAUGGAGAACUAAGCUUUCGAAAACAAGAUCAAUUGGAGAUAGUCGAUCGUCAUACAUAUAAUGAGUGGUGGUUUGCAAAAAAUUUGAGAUCAGGACAUUCCGGACAAGAAUCAUUGUCUGUGCUUGAUCUAAGUUCCGACAAGCAUUUUCAUGUUAAGCAUUAUCGUAUACGUCGUACUGAUUCUGGCGCAUAUUAUAUAAGUAGCAAGACUUUAUUUCAAACGUUGCAAGAACUUGUUCACCAUUAUCAAUCUAAACCAGAUGGCCUAUGUUGUACGUUAGGUCGUCCUUGUUCCAAAAUAAAACCUACACUACCCGAAAUUGAUCGUCACGGUUUGUUAGAACUUGAUCGUAAACAACUGGAGAAAAUCGCAUUAUUAGGCAAAGGAAAUUAUGGUGAAGUUUAUCGUGGUAAAUAUGGUAAUCGGGAUGUCGCGAUAAAAUGUAUGAAAACAGAUAUGAAAAAUCGUUCAUCGAAUGUUGAGAAAUUUCUUGAUGAAGCAAGAAUCAUGAAAAAUUUAAAUGAUAAGAAUAUUGUACGUUUAUAUGGUGUGUGCACAAAAGAGGAGCCGAUUUUUAUUGUUACGGAAUAUAUGACAAACGGUUGUUUGUUGAAUUAUUUACGUGAACAUGGAAAGAGUAUACAGUUAGACAAACUGGUGGAUUUUGCUGUUCAGAUUGCCAGAGGGAUGUGUUACCUUGAACAACGAAAAUAUGUUCAUUGUGAUCUAGCAGCACGCAACAUCUUGGUUGGUGAACAAAAUAUUGCUAAAAUUGCUGAUUUCGGUUUGGCCAAAGUUGUACAGGAUGGACGUUUGCUGGUUGACCGUGAAUCUCAGUUUCCAAUAAAAUGGACAGCCCCCGAAGCAGCGACAAAAAAAGAAUACACAACUAAAAGUGACGUGUGGUCAUAUGGAAUUUUGCUUUUCGAAUUAGUAACAAGAGGCUCAAAUCCGUAUCCAGGUAUGAGUAAUAAUGAGGCGUUACAAGCUGUUUUGACUGGUUAUCGUAUGCCACAGCCAAAUGAUUGUCCUGAUACAUAUUAUGAUGCUAUGCUCUGGUGUUGGAAAGAAAAUCCGGAUAAUCGUCCGACAUUUGAAUAUUUAUACACAUAUUUUGAUGAUAAUUUAAUUCAAGGCGAAGCAAAUUAUAGAGAAACAUAA